AUGUCCAAGGGUAUUGACAAUCUUGCACUUGAGUUGCUUACUGGAGAACUCCCAGAGUCCUCCAGAACGAGUGACUAUAUACUUGGUAGAGCGUUCUUGAUCGCCCAUGAUCGCAGUCUACCAAGAGCUGUUGAACUGAGUGGGUUCCUUGGCACCAAGAUUCACGGACUGAGCACUGAUGUUCAAUGCGAGACUCUCAGUCAGCACAGAUCCAUCACAAUGACACAGUUCCUGACAUAG